AUGGAAAGAGUCAACAGCACAUCGUUGACUGAGUUCAUUCUCACAGGAAUUCCCUACCCACUCAGACUAAGGACAUUUCUGUUUGUGUUCUUUUUGCUAAUCUACAUCCUGACUCAGCUGGGAAACCUGCUCAUUCUAGUCACUGUCUGGGUAGACCCGCAGCUCCAUGCCCGUCCCAUGUACAUCUUUCUUGGUGUUCUCUCCGUCAUUGACAUGGGUAUCUCUACCAUCAUUGUCCCCCGCCUCAUGAUGAACUUCACUCUCGGCAUCAAACCCAUCCCCUUUGGCGGCUGUGUUGCUCAACUCUAUUUCUAUCACUUUUUGGGCAGCACCCAGUGCUUCCUCUAUACCUUGAUGGCCUACGAUAGGUACCUGGCAAUAUGCCAGCCCCUGCGCUACCAUAUUCUCAUGAAUGCUAAGUUGAGUACCUUGCUUGUGACUGGAGCUUGGGUGGCAGGAUCCAUCCAUGGGGCCCUCCAGGCUAUCCUAACCUUCCGUCUGCCCUACUGUGGGCCAAACCAGGUAGAUUACUUCUUCUGUGACAUUCCUGCAGUUUUGAGGCUAGCCUGUACUGAUACAACAGUCAACGAGCAGGUGACCUUUGUGGACAUUGGGGUGGUGGUUGCCACUUGUUUCUCCCUGAUCCUCCUCUCCUAUGUACAGAUCACUCAGGCCAUCCUGAGAAUCCGCACAACUGAUGGGCGGCGCCGAGCCUUUUCAACCUGUGGGGCCCAUGUAACCGUGGUAACCGUGUACUAUGUGCCCUGUGCCUUCAUCUACCUGAGGCCUGAAACCAACAGCCCCCUGGAUGGGGCAGCUGCCUUAUUUCCCACAGCUAUCACUCCUUUCCUCAACCCCCUCAUCUACACUCUGCGGAACCAAGAGGUAAAGCUGGCCCUGAAGAGAAUGAUAGGAGGCCCUGGGACUUAG